CACUUCCAUCAUACCUUCCACACCUACCAGCGCAUGACCCCCAGCUUGUCGCAACGUAGCUCAAGCUCUUACCCAUCAAUUGACCAUCGACCCCGCUCGUGUGAAGUCAACUCCGCCUUUGCGUACCAUCACGUCAUCUGUUGAAAAGAGCUUCUCGAUCAACCUUCUACAGGAUGACUGAGUCUGAAGUCCAACAGGGAGACAAAGUUUCAUGGUCGUGGGGCUCAGGACAGCCUGGCGGCAAGGUUGCUGAGGUCAAGGAACAAGGCGAGAUCGCCAUCGAGUCCAACCGUGGCAACACAAUCAAGAAGAACGCCGAGCCUGAGAACCCCGCCGUCCACAUCGAGCGAUCCGGUAACAAUGUCGUGAAGCGCGCCUCCGAGCUCCAGAUCGACAAGAAGGCCGAAGGCGCCUCGAAUGGCGACUCUAAGGAGCAGGAAAAAGGCUCCGAGUCUGACAAAAAGGAUGAGAAGCAGGACGGCGAUAAACCAACCGAGUCUGAGAGGAAAGACGAGGAGAUGAAGGAUGCUCCAGCCUCAGAGGAGAAGGAGACUGAAAAGGAGAAAUCGGCUGGGAACGGCGACUCCAAGGGCGAGCAAGACAAAGCCGAGUCCAAGGAAUACUCAAAAGAGGGGUCCAAGGACCAUACUGACAGGUCUGACGACAAGUCAGAUGAGGCACAGACUGGCGACAAGCGUAAGGCCGGCGAGACCAACGGCGCCGAUGCUGAGAAGAAAGCACCUGCUUCAAAGAAGACCAAGACCGACGAUGCUGAAGCCGAGGAUGACAACAAAGCCGAGAGCGACGAUAAGGCCGAGGCCGAAGACAAGACCGAAGGCAAGUCCAAGGGCAAGGCCGGUCGUCCCAAGGCCAGCGAGAAGAAGGAGAAGAAGGAGCCUGCAAAGAAGAAGCAGUCCAAGCCAGCGGCCACCGAGGACAGCCAGCCUAGGCGCAGUGCCCGUAACAAGUAAAUGGCAGCCUCCGGCGUCGUGGCAGGUGGUCGCUACAUCGAGACCAUAGCUUGGCCGAGGAAGGGAUAGUGUAUCUGGUCGAACUUGAUUUGGCUGUUAGGCGUACGGUAAUGAUUGAUGGAAAGGCACCGGUUAAAGCCGUAUGGACAUUGGCGGGACUGGUAGUUUCGCCGGGUCGCUGGCGCCCUAAAUGUUGUCAUGUACUGUGAUUCGAACCCCGUUGGCUAUGCCUUAUACUGCACUCUGAAGUCUGGCUUUGCGAAGCAGCAAGGACUGUUAGGAGUAAAUAUGUAUAGGAUGUAUGUAGUUGGAGAAAU